AUGCUCGACUCAUCCCUGAGCCACACCAGAGCCGCCCUCGACCAAAUCUUUGGUCGCUAUUCAUCCAAAUUCAGGCAUCUCCGGUCCUCCUCAUGGCUAGCCACCGCUACCAUCGAGGACCCCACGAAAAUCUCAGACUAUGCAGGCACUGGUGAUGCGUCAAUAGCGGAGCACGUUCCCUCUGCAACGCAACGCAGAAAUUUGGACUUCAGGUCCAGGAUCCCGCCCGGAUCGUGGGACUCGCACAUGCAUGUCCUCGAUCCACGGUUCCCAUUAUCUCCGCAGGCAGUAUACACGCCGUCCCCGACGGCACCGACCAGGCUGCAGCACGCGAACGCGUUUGAGGCGGACGUUGGCCUGGACAACAUUGUCCUCGUGCAGCCGUCCAUCUACGGCUACGACAACAGCUGCCUGCUCGACGCACUGCAGAGUCUCGGUCCGGACAGGGCCAGAGGCGUCGUGGCGUUCGAGGACCCUGCUCUGUGGGCCGCGAGGGAAGGUCUCUCGGCAUGUUCCUCGUCGUCCUCGCUGUCAUCCACGUCGACCGGCCAGAUGAGCAGCGAGUUGCUGAAAGAAUGGCAUGAACUCGGCGUGCGCGGCGUGCGCAUCAACCUCCAGUCCCACGGGCAAAAGGACGUCUCGGCUGACGACUUCCGCUCGCUACUACGGCGGUACAUUGAGAUUGUCAAGCCAUUCGGAUGGGUUGUGCAGGUCUAUGUCGCGAUAGACAUGGUGCACAUCCUCGAGCCGCUAGUGGCCGAGUAUAAAAACGGCAAAGACAACCAAGGCGUGAAGCUGUGCAUCGACCACAUGGGCCACCCGCACUUGUCCCAGCUGGCAGAGUACCAGGCCACGCGGGAUCCGUACACGAUACCCGGGUUCGAUGCGCUCGUGCGCCUCCUGGAGACCGGCAUCGUCUAUGUCAAGAUGUCAGCGGCGUACCGGUUCAGCGCGGAGAUGGAAGAUGCCGCCACUUCCCCUCGCGAUGCGGACACGGCAUCGAGGGACGUCUGGCCUAUUGCGAGCGAGCUGCUGCGGGUUGCGGGGAUGAGCAGGGUCGUGUUCGCGACUGACUGGCCGCACACAAGGUAUGACGGGCUGGACAUUCGGCCGUGGAUGCAGAGUGUCGUGGACUUGUGCGGCGCGGAUCAAGAGCUCGUCGAGAGGGUUUUCAGGGGUAAUGCGGAGGAUCUCUGGUCUGUGAAGAGGCUCGAGUAG